AUGCUGAACAGAAAAACAUUAGUGGUUCUUGCCGUCUGUGCGCUUCUUUUAGUGUCAUCGAUUGACUGUAAAAAGCCAGUCAAGGGAGAGAAGAAGGGAGCCAAGGCAGAAAAGGUCGAGAAGGCUGAAAAGGUGAAGAAGGUUAAGGCUGAAAAAGUUGUCGUUGUUGAUGAGCCAGAAGCCGUCAACGAAACUGCUCCAGAAGUUGCUCACCAGGAAGUCGAAGAAGAGGAAGCUGAAGAAGCAAUUGUUCAACCACAGGCCGUUCAGAAACACAGAGUGUCUCCACCAAAGUCAUUGAAGGUUGCCAGCGCCUAUGAAACUUGCAAGUUGGAAUGCAGAAAGCAAAGAGAUGCAGUCCACGCCGCUGACUAUGUUGAACAACUUCGCCAGGAACUCGCUACUGCCGAAGCAGCACUUGCCGCGGAAAAUGCUCAAGUUGACGCUCAACACGCUCCAGUGUCAGCCCAGUAG